AUGUUACGGGGACACGGCAUCGAAGUCAUGGAUAGGCUACUCAUCUCAGAUCGUGCACAUUUACUUUUGGAUGCACAUAUUGAGAUUGAUCGCAAUAUGGAAAAGGCAAGAAAGGCGGCUGGAGGUGAAAUCGGAACGACAUUGCGUGGUAUUGGGCCUUGCCAUGCUACCAGGUCGUCGAGGACCGGGGUGCUGGUGGGAUCCCUACUACAUUGGGACUUCUUCAAAAAAUCUGUCAUGGAUAUCUACAAAAUUCACACCGACGUGGAAACGUCGGAAAAGAUGGCCAUUGAAGAAAUUGAAAGACACGCCGCACUUUAUAAGAUAUUUUCAAGAUGUAUUUGUGAUACGGGGUACUUCAUCAGUGAAGCCAUAAGGGCCGGGAAGCGAGUCUUACUAGAAGGAGCCAACGGAUCUUUGCUGGAUAUAAACAUGGGAACUUACCCAUUUGUUACGUCAUCCACUACACUAGCUUGUGGAUCUUAUGUUGGGCUCGGAGUGCCAUUGAAUUCCCCGAUGUUCAGAAUAGGUAUUCUUAAGUGCUACCAGACGCGAGUAGGUAUGGGCCCCUUUCCUACUGAAUUCUUCGACGAAAAUUAUGAUCACAUCCAAAAGGACGGCACGGAAAUAGGUGUGUCCACGUGCAGAUUGAGGAGAUGUGGGUGGCUGGAUUUGGUUGCUGCAAGAUACAUCCAGAGGCUGAACUGUUUUCAUGUCGUGUACCUCACAAAAUUAGAUGUCCUGACUGGACUUAAAGAAAUAAAAGUAUGCGUGGACUACCGAAAUAAAAGAACAGGUGAUCUUUUAGAGAGGGGACGUUUCCCGGCAACAACUGCAAUGCUAGAUGAGUAUGAGCCCGUGUAUAAAGUCUUCCCUAGCUGGAAUGAUGAUAUAUCUGAGCUGGAUGCUUAUGACAAGCUGCCUGAAAACGCACGCACAUACGUGGAGUUUGUGGAAAAGGAAUUAGGUACCUUCAUUCAAUGGAUUGGCGUCGGUCAAGACGUCAGGAGUACGAUAUCAAGGUCAUGA